UUCAGAUCUGUUUAUUGCUGGCUAUAGCUUUGUUCGAGCAUAGUCAGCCAGUUUCGUGACUUUGUAUAGCUGCAAAAAAAAUGGGAGAAAACAGUUUUUGGGAGAGAGAAGUAGUGAUUACUGAGCUAACCAAGGGGAAGGAAUUGAUGUUAUAACUGCAAAAACACUUUGAUCCCAUGAAACAGGACGUGUGCCGGUAUUUGGCUGCGGAAAUACUUUCUUCCUAUGAUAAAGCUAUGUCCCUCUUAAAUGGCACAGCUUUAUCAGGUAUGAUGAGCAAAAGUAAAGAGAUCAUUAAUCCAGCACCAUCUUCAUCAACUGCGCCCCAGCUGGAAUUUCCUCAACUUCUGGCUGAUAGUAGCACUAAGAGUUGUGACCGCCCCUCUAAAUUAAGGAAGAGGAAGACGCUGGCACCAAGGACAGAGUAUGUAGAAGCUCGACCCGGGGAAGAGGUUUCACCUAAAGAUGGACUUAAUUGGAGGAAAUAUGGACAGAAACUUAUCUUAGGUGCAAAAUAUCACAGAGAAUAUUUUCAAUGUGUUUAUUGUCAUUGUGACGCUACUAAGAUGGUCCAGCAAAUCGAGACAGAACCAUUAAGUUUUGAAGCUACCUAUGGAGGAAGUCACAGUUGUGGUCAAGAAAACAAAAACCAAAAUGAAGAAGUACUAGUUGCUGUGGAAACACAAGUUGGAAGAGCAGCAGGGCAACUAUAUGAAUGCUACAUUCCUGAGAUGGUUUUAACCCAAAAUAAUUCAUAUAAAACGAAAUAUCCAUCUGAUAGUACAUACGAAAUCCUACAGUUAUUCUCAUAACAAUCAAGUUAUAUUCAUUUAUAAGUGACCAAAUCUCCAUUUACUGAAAUUGGAGUAGAACCUCUAAAUUAGUGGGAUUAAUUCAUAUAGAUGUUUGUAUUUCAAGCUAAAGGUAGAUAUUCUUAAUUGGGAAAAGAACACUUAGUAUCCCAAAGUGAGAAACUAUUUACAAGUGGCUACCCUUUUACUUUUAUACCCCUGUUUUCAACUACUAAUUUGCGUUAUACUGUUUUGAUACCAUCAAAGUAUAUAUGGUAUCAAAAAUGAAGAAGCAAUACUUCAGUAAAAACACUAUCAAAUUACUGUUUAAAAGUGUAUUUAUACAUUCUGACGACUCAAUUACUAGGUUCAAUAUCUCCCAGGUGUAAAUUAUGAUGACUAAGAAGGGAUAUAAGGGUCUAUUUUGGUGAAAAGAUAAAAUAGUCCCUACAGACCUUGAUAGUCAACUAAUGCAACAUGUGUUUGACUCUAUCAAUUACUACAUACAUUUGUUAUGGACAGGGAGACUUGUAAACAAGUCUUCAAACUGCUAAUUUAUAUACAACAAUCAAAUUACUUUUUCUCAAAAUUCAUAUUCAGAUCUGUUUAUUGUUGGCUAUAGCUUUGUUUGAACAUAGUCAGUCAGUUUCGUGACUUUGUAUAUCUGCGAAAAAAAUGGGAGAAAACAAUUGUUGGGAGAGGGAAGUAGUGAUUACUGAGCUAACAAAGGGGAAAGAAUUGAUGUUGCAGCUGCAAAAGCACUUUGAUCCCAUGAAACAGGGUGUGUGCCAGUAUUUGGCUGCAGAAAUACUUUCUUCCUAUGAUAAAGCUAUGUCCCUCUUGAAUGGCACAGCUUUAUCUGGUAUGAUGAUGAGUAAAGGUAAAGAGAUUAUUCAUUCAACACCGUCUUCAUCAACUGCGCCACAGCUGGAAUCUCCUCAUCUUCUGGCUGAUAGUAGCACUAAGAGUUGUCACCGCCCCUCUAACUACAGGAAGAGGAAGAUGCUGGAACGAAGGAAAGAGUAUGUAGAAGCUCGACCCGGAGAAGAGGUUCCACCUGAAGAUGGACUUAGUUGGAGAAAAUAUGGACAGAAACUUAUCUUAGGUUCAAAAUAUCCCAGAGAAUAUUAUCGAUGUGCUCGUCGUUGUUGUGGGGCUACUAAGAUGGUCCAACGAAUCGAGACAGGACCAUUAACUUUUGAAAUUACCUAUGGAGGAAGUCACAGUUGUGGUCAAGAAACCAAAAAUCAAAAUGAAGAACUACUUGCUGUGCAGCAGACAAAAUGUGAUGAAGUUGAAAGAGGAGCCCGGGAAAUAUUUGAAUCCUAUAUUCAUAAGAUGGUUUCAACCCCAAAUAAUUCGUAUAACAAUUCCUCAACGGGGGAUGUGUUCUCAAACUCCAAUUCUUUGUUCAACAUCCCCAAUUCCGACUUCAUCCCCACACCGACUUCUUCACCUCAUCCAGACACAGACUUUCUACUUGACGAUAAUAGUCUCACUCUCUUGUUUGAUCAUGAUGUGCCUGAAAAUUCUGGCAAUGAUUCUCUGGCUGCUCUGGCUUCUGAGGUUUAUAAACUCUAUGAGGAGAAUGACAAACUCAAUUUUCCUCAUCGUUACGACAAACAGGCUGAGGCUGAGAAUUCCAGACCCUUGAACAAUGUUGGGGACCGAUCAUAACGUAAGCGUACGAGUAUUUCUCUUUGCUGGAACAGCACAAGCAUGCAAUUAAUAUAAAGGGAGAAGAAGAGGGCUCAACAUUUCUUCUUGUGUUCUACCUAUAGCUCAACAUUCCACAUGAUAGAUUUAAGACCACAAGUUUCUGUAUGACUUAGGCUAGGAUGUUUGUUAUGUAUUGUUUGAUAAUUUAUAUGUUGUGUUGUAUUUGUUAAGAAUGAUACAAGUCCCACAUUGUUGGUUAAUGAGAUGGCUGGACCCAGACUUGACCAA